AUGAGCGAGCUCGUUGGUGCGGCGUUCGGCUCGGUAGCCACGGCAGCCUCGAGCGUCGGCUGGUUCGUGCCGAUGCUGGUCGCGGCCAUCGCGUACUUUCAGUACGAAGAAUUCAUGGACCCGGAGGCGCGCGUCAUCGACGUCCCGAGCGAGAUCAUGCUGGACAAGUAUGAUUUCAUUAUCGUAGGGGCCGGAUCAGCUGGUGCUGUUCUGGCCAACCGUUUGACGGAGGUGGAAAACUGGAACGUGCUCCUGCUGGAGGCGGGCGGCGAUGAGACGGAGAUAUCGGAGGUGCCGCUGAUGGCGGGCUAUCUGCAGCUGAGCAAACUGGACUGGAAGUACAAAUCCGAACCCUCGGGAUCGUUUUGUUUGGCAAUGAACGGUGGGCGAUGCAACUGGCCUCGGGGGAAAGUGCUCGGCGGAUCGAGCGUUCUCAACUACAUGCUGUAUCUGCGGGGCAACAAGAAGGACUACGACCACUGGGAAACCCUGGGUAACGCCGGCUGGGGCUACAAGGACGCGCUGUACUACUUCAAAAAAUCCGAGGACAACACGAACCCAUACCUGGCCAACACGCCGUACCACGCGACCGGUGGCUACCUCACGAUCGGGGAAGCCCCGUACCACACGCCCCUGGCGGCGGCCUUCGUGGAAGCGGGUGUCGAGAUGGGGUACGAAAACCGGGACCUGAACGGGGCGAAGACCACCGGGUUUAUGAUCGCCCAGGGUACGAUCCGACGCGGGGGACGUUGCAGCACCGGCAAGGCGUUCCUGCGGCCGGCCCGUCUCCGCGCGAACCUACACGUGGCCAUGUUUUCGCACGUGACCCGCGUCAUGAUCGAUCCGAUCAGCAAGAUCGCGUUCGGUGUGGAGUUCAUCCGGGACCGGAAGGUACAUCACGUGCGCGCCUCCAAGGAGGUGAUCGUGGCGGGUGGAUCCGUCAACUCGCCCCAGAUACUGAUGCUGUCGGGAGUUGGGCCGAAAGCGGAGCUCGCCAAGCACCGGAUCCCGCUGAUCAAGGACCUGGCGGUGGGUGAAAACCUGCAGGAUCACAUCGGGCUCGGCGGGCUCACGUUUAUGGUCAACCAGCCGGUGUCGAUCGUGGAGAAUCGUUACCACUCGAUGUCGACGGUGUUGCAGUACGCGGUUCUGGGUCAGGGUCCUCUCACCAUCCUCGGGGGCGUCGAGGGACUCGCGUUCGUGAACACCAAGUACGUGAACGCGUCGGACGACUACCCAGACAUCGAGUUCCAUUUUGUGUCCGGGUCGACCAACUCGGAUGGUGGCAACCAGUUGCGGAAGGCACACGGGUUGACCGAGGCGUUCUACAACGGGGUGUUCAAGCCGAUCAACAACAUGGACGCGUGGAGCAUCAUCCCGAUGUUGUUGCGGCCGCGGAGCGUCGGGACGAUCAAGCUGCGUAGUGGCAACCCGUUCGACUAUCCGUACAUCUAUCCGAACUACCUGAACGACGAGCACGACAUGCGGACGCUGAUCGAGGGCGUCAAGAUUGCGUACGCACUGUCGAGGACGCAAACUAUGCAGAAGUUCCAGUCGACGCUGAGCGCCUACAAGUUCCCGGGCUGCGCUCACAUCCAGAUGUUCAGCGAUCUGUACUGGGAGUGUAUGAUCCGGCACUACACCUGCACGAUCUACCAUCCGGUCGGGACGUGCAAGAUGGGUCCGUACUGGGACAAGCAGGCCGUCGUUGACGCGCAGCUCCGGGUGUACGGUAUCCGCGGGUUGCGCGUGAUCGACGCCAGCAUUAUGCCCAAAUUAGUCAGUGCGAACACGAACGCACCGGUGAUCAUGAUCGCGGAGAAGGGCGCCGACAUGAUCAAAGACUUCUGGAUCAAGCGAGGCGUAGUGUAG